GACGCGUCUUUCCUCUACGACGAUAUUAACGAGACUAAAAUCGAAAUGGUAUUUCACCUGCGUGCGCGAGAGCGUCACGAAAAUUUCGAAAGACGAACGAUUUCGUUGUAGGAGCUCGAGAGACAGGCGAUGGAACAAUACAAGUGUUGCGGAGGAAACGUACAGGAGGAAGCAGGAGUUUCGCGUGCGCUGAUGAACGAUAAAGAUGCCUGCGAGAGUUUUAAACAAAAUUUUAGAGAAGAAAAUUGCUACGAUGGGGAGAAAUGUUCCGGUUUUGGACGAUGCAGUCCAAUGCAUACAGACGAGAAGAAAGAAGGUUCAAUGAUUUUUCUUGUUAAUUUGAUAUUGACAAAACGAUACAUCAAAAGGAACGUAAAAUAGUAAAUCAAUAAUUUAUUUAAUAAUCGUAGAUGAUUUUCGGGAAAACACGGAUUAUUUUGUACAAACAGAAAAUAAUAAUGAAUCCAGUAUCCCUGGUCGAUCUUUGUCGGAUAAAAAUAGUCGAUCGAACAUUCUAUCAAAAAGUUUAUCUACGUUGUCUGAAGAAAUAUCUCGUAAAUCGAAAAACACAGCUAAGGGUGCAUCAGGUGAUGAAAUGAACAGAAAUGUCCGGGCAUCGUCAAAAAGGCGUCUGAUACUGGUGUCACCCUUCGAGAAAGAAUCAGAAGCCAAAUUAACAAGAUCAACCGAUCUAGAAGAAUUUUACUGUAUAACGCAAGCGAAUAAAAAUAUUUUCGGCUAUUACAAUAACUCAAAAGUGGGGAAAAUUGGCGGUGGAGAUGAGAAUAUAACUAUCGUUCAAUCACCCAGGACAGAAGUCUGGCUCUCAGGUUUUUGGACCACGUGAAGAUCGGAUCUUCAGGAAGACCAUCGUGGAAGGAAUGAACCUUAGCGGGUUAAAUUCAUUGAAGAACGC